AAUCUAAAAGCCCAUUAUAAGCCCAUUUAGAAGGAUUCCGCUUUCUAAUCCUCUCCCUCUCUGUUUUCUCCGUAGACACCGUGAGGAGGGAGAGUAGAACCACUUCGUUCGUACGGGAGAAGAAGUGUUUGUACCAAAUCCCUGAGAAGCCAUGGAUAACAACGAUGCUGAGUUCGAUGCGAUCAUCAUGUUCGAACAAAUUCGCAAAGUAUCAGAGGCCACCUACCUGAAAAACCCUCUAGAUGCCGAUAACCUGACGAGAUGGGCAGGAGCUUUGCUGGAGCUAGCUCAGUUUCAUAACGAAGAUCCUAAGCUAACUGUUCAAGAGGCAAUCAGUAAGCUUGAAGAGGCGUUGUUGAUUGAUCCAAAGAAAAAUCCUGCGAUUUGGUGCCUCGGGAAUGCAUACACUACGCUUGCGUUUUUGACUCCUGAAGAGACUGAAGCUAAAUACAACUUUGACUUAGCUGCUCACUUCUUUCAAAUUGCUGUGGAUGAGCAACCGGAAAAUGAAACCUACCAGAAAUCACUUGAAAUGACAGCCAAGGCUCCACUACUGCACGCAGAGGUUCACAGGCAAGGCUUUGGCCAACAGUCACUGGGUGGUGCCGGUCCAUCAGGAGCGUCAAGAUCAGAGGUAGUGAAAAGCAGUGAGUUGAAGUAUGAUGUGAUGGGAUGGGUUAUACUAGCUGUUGGCGUUGUUGCUUGGGUUGGUUACGCCAAAGCUACUGCACCUAUCUCUGCUCCUCGAUAAGUAUUGUUUUUAAUCACUCAAAUAGAAGAUUAUUUUUUACCUGGAGUUAUCAAUUUUGAGGUUUUCAUUUAGAUAUUUUUCUAUUGAAUUUGUCCAAAGACAUGGCUAUGAAUGACAUUUUUAUCACCA